UUCUUGAGCGGCUCUUGGAGUGAAGGUGACGAACUCUGCAGCACGGCUGCGGUCGGAAGAGUGAUUUGUUGUUGUCGUUUGUCUCAUUCACGCCAUUCACAUGUAUCCAUUUCUUAUGCUGGAGAUAAUCGACAUGCAAGCAUGCUUCAGGCUGAAUGUUGUAUCGGCUCAUCUUUUAUGCUGGUGAUAUCUCUGUAAGAUCGCGAUCGGUCACUUGAGGAUAUUGGGCUAUUCCUGUUAUCUGGACGUGUUGAUUUCAUCUUCCUUUCUCUCCUUUUGUUGCGCGUCAGGUUGAUAAACUGAGAUUGCCUAAUGUGGCACGCGUUCACAUCGCUCAUUGAUCGAAGCACUCCUUCAUCUCCACCUGAACCACCCAACAUGUCCCUCAAAUCCAGACCAGCUGUAUUUGCUGCCAAGUCGUGGUAUUCAGCAGACGGGGACACUCUCGAUACCGAGCUCUCGAACUGGUUGGCUGGCGUUAAACCUACCGAUGAGGACGACUUUGCACCACCCGUUACAGGGUGCAAAGCGAUUAUCGCUCCCCACGCUGGGUACUUCUACUCUGGCCGUGCAGCUGCUUGGGCGUACAAGAGCAUAUCAACUGCUGGAAUCUCCCGAGUGUUCAUUCUAGGCCCAUCGCACGCUUUCCAUCUCGGUGGAUGUGCGCUAUCGAAAUGCGAGACCUAUGAGACGCCGCUGGGCAGUCUCAAAUUAGACAGAGAAGUCAUCCAAGAACUCUAUGACACCAAACAAUUCGAAUACCUCCAACCACGCAGGGACCAAGGCGAGCACAGUAUCGAGAUGCACCUGCCCUACGUAUACAAAAUCUUCGAGGGGUGCAUCGAUAAUAUCAAGAUCGUGCCGAUCAUGGUCGGGGCUAUCGAUCGGGAGCAGGAAGAAGAGUAUGGAAAGAUUUUGGCGCCGUAUCUUGAGAGGGAGGAUACGAUCUUUGUGAUUUCUUCUGAUUUUUGCCAUUGGGGCCACUCGAACUAUGGAUACACUUUUUAUUAUCCCGAGACGAUCCCUAGCGAUGUGCCGGGGGUUAAUUUACGCCGUAGCGGUCCUCGCCCCUCUCCCUCUCGGCCCAUCCACGCGUCUAUUUCAGAUCUCGACCACGAAGCGAUGAACAUCCUUGCUCAAUCUCCCGCGUCCAGCGCUCAUGCCAACUUUGUCGCGUACCUAGAGCGCACGCAUAAUACGAUUUGUGGACGACAUCCGAUCGGGGUGUUGAUGGGUGCGUUGGGUGCACUGGAGGAGAAAGGCAAGCAGGCGAAAAUGAAAUGGGUGCGCUAUGAGCAGAGCAGUCAGUGUGUGUCGUUUGAUGAUUGGAGCGUGAGUUAUGCAAGUGCCAAUCUUUGACUACAUGCACGGCUAGCUCUGUCCUAGCGCUGGGUUCAGACUGCGGAACCAUGGUCUACAUGGCGGCAAGAAAACACAGGCAGACACGACGCGCUAGUAUGAGUCGCUCUCAGCCCUGAGGAAGUUCUCCUAGACGGCCACACGCGUCUGCGAGACUAGAAUGGGGCAUGAGGUUGUAUGACUGAGUGGGGGGGUUUUAUACCUCAUCGGCAAAUUUCGGGUGGAGAUUGAUUAGAGCGGAAUUUUUUAUUGGAUGAUGUCGACGUGUGCAGGUCCAAGAUUCUGAAUAAUCUCACUGUCG